ACUUUUCACUGACAGUGAUAAAGGCCGAGAACCUCCUUCACACAAACGAUUGAAAAACAGGACACGGAGGACAUUUUUAUUUUGUUUUGUUUCCUUUGUGUGGUAUGUGACUUCAGUGCAAAUACCCAUUUAAUCAAGAAUACAAAGACAGCCACCUUUGCCAACUAAGGGAUUUCCAGAGACUGCAGUAAACAUAUAUGGCUCUUUUCCUCUUUUUGUGAGGAAAUUCCUGUGAGGAAUUGUGAGGUGGUCAUUUCAUGCUCCUGUUGUGCACUUUUGCCUCCUCUUGGAAGAGGGGAAAAGAUUUUUCUAAAGGAACCUUUAAAAGUAAGCUAAAUCAAAUCUGGAAAAACUUGAAGUGCGUUAAAAGCUGACGUGUGUCUAUUGUCACUUUUAAAAAGAUAUGAUGGACAUAUAACAUGGUAUUAGUUUUAGGUGCAUAACAUGGUGAUUUGAUAUAUGUAUUUAUUGCAAAGUGACUGCCAGGAAUAUGUUUGGAUAGCACCAUAAUUACAGAUUCUUUCUCUUGUGAUGAGAAUUUUUAAGACCUAUUCUCCUAGCAAUUCUCAAAUACCCCCAAAUGGUACUGUUACCUCUAGUCUCCAUAUUGUCCACUACCUCCUCAGUGUUCAUUUAUCUCUGGAAGCUACUACUGUUGUUAAUUUUUAGAAAUACAAAGAAUUUGGGAAAGAAUAUAGGAGCCACCAUUAACUGGAACUUUCUGGUUCAGGCAUUUUUUUUCUCUCUUUGAGUUGAUGAGACUAAAUUGAAUCUGUAGCUCUAAGCGAGCACAGGCUCUCUUUCACCUUUUAAUCAUUCUUUUCUAAUACCUUCUGUUACAACAGACUCUCUUUCUCCUCUUUUAGGUCCUCUUCAUUCUCCUCCCACCCCCGCCAAUUUCUUCAAUUCUAGGCUUAUCAGACUCUAUCUGCCUUCAAGUCUCUCCUUAAGCUACGCUUCUUCUAGGCAAUCUAUCCUGACUCAGGAUGUGAUGGCAAGUGUGAGUGCACAUCGCAAACGUCCUCAAAUGUAUAAAACAUAGAGUGAUAUUUUAUUACGAAUGCUAUCAGCAUCAUCACUGAUAAGAAUGUUGAUUCUUUAGCCCUCUGAGAGACUGUGAUCCUUGUUUUCAGCAAAUACUUCUCCAGAAAAAGAACUGGCUUUGUGUUCAAAUUGCUGUCAAUAUAACAGACACACUGUCUCAUCUUAACAAUGCAAGCCAUUUAAAAUGCCAAAGUUAAUCUCAGACACGUGAAGGUGUAUUUUUAAAAAGGCCUCAUUAUAUAAUGCUUGGUAAUUUAAGGAAAAAUGAAAACAACUGGCCUGAACUGAAGUGCUGGUGGUUAUAAGCAUGCCUUGCAGGCAGGUCUCUAUGAGGGAAUGGGACAGCUAGCAUAGGAUAUGUUCACAGGGUCAGGCUACUCUGUCAGUGUCUCGAUGUGACAUUAGGUGUGACUUAAGGCCUGGACAUCAGUGAGGGUUCUGUAUUAUACAAAUUAUAAUAUCAGUAUCAUCAAACAAAAGGGAUAAGUUGGUACCUUUUUGAAAAGAAAGAUUAGCUAAAAAUGAGUUCAUUUGGCACCUUCCCCAAAGUGUGUUAUUUUUAUUCUGAUAAUUUGCAUUCCAUGGUGUCACAGCCACUACCCUUAUUAUACCAUGGAGAAGCAUGGGAGAGACCAGAAAUAUUUAAUAAACUGGUUAAAAAAUUAAAAAAAUUAUUUGCUGGCUCUUUAGGAAGUGGAGAAUGGAUAUUUAACUAAAUACACUUACCUUUUAAUUAAUUGAACUAUUUAAAAUCCCUUUUUUUAUGUAUGUCACUAAACAACUAGAGAAAGAAACAUAUUUGGAAAGAAAAACUUUUCUCCUAGAGAUCAAGCACAACAAUAAAAAAGUCCAUGUAAAGUCAAUAUUUUAAGGAAUUUAAGGUGAGAUCUUUCAUGUCUUGUCAUUUGACAUUAAAUAAUAAAAUCUAAAGCCCAUUUCAAAGAUGUAAUAAAUUCCCAGUCUGAAAGUAAUUGCUGUUCCUUGUCCCAUGUGUAUAUAUCAUCAGCACAACUAAGAAAGAAUUGCAGCCAAGACUGGACCACCGCCAAGCAAUUGAUUAUUAGCCAUUAAAAGGGAAAUGUUUACUUAUUCAUGGCAAGCAGUUUUCAGAAGGAAAGGCAAAGAGGUCUGAUUUUAAAUGCUGCCUUUUCUUUCCAUCCUAAGGCCGAUCAAAUCAUUCACUUCUUCUUGGAAAUGUCAAAAGCCCAGUUUUAUUUUCCUUUUGCUAUUUUAACCAGAAUACUGAUAAAAAGGGAAAAGCAGUUGCUAUGAGGCAAAGAAAAAUGUCCUGGCAGUUGAGGGCCCUCCAUCUAUCAAGGGGAAUUUGCAAUGUUGCCUCUCUUCAAGACUGUAUAGAUUUGCAGGAUUUUGUGAAACACUUAACCAAAAUGGAAGGAUUUAAAAGCAGAAUGCAAGAUAUAGAUGCAAUCAUUUUUUUAAAAUCAAGAUACUUUAUAGUUUUAUUUCAGAAUUUUCUAAUCUUAAUUCUCAAGCACGCAGUAGUGAUGAUCAUGUUGGAUAAUACUUUUGAAAGGAUGAUUAGUGCAGACUGCAUAAAUACAUUCACUAUAGCACAGAUGCCUUAAGAUUAAAAACGCUUACUGAGAUUGAGAUGUGCUACUUCCAAUUAGAGAGAAACAAAUACUUAUGUAAUUAAAUAAUAAUAUCCACAAGUUAUGUUGAGUUUCAAAACAGGUUUAAGUGUCCAGAGAACCAAACAACAUUUUAAAGUCUGGAGAGAAUAUCUAGUCAGAUGUUUAUAGGAAUCUCUUACCCAACGGAGGCAUUUCAUAUAGAUAUUUCUCAUAUGAUUAAAACUUAAUGUUUUGACUACUUUCUUCCCGUUGACCCAAUAAUCAAAAUAAUUUUCUCCUCCCAUGUCUUUGAGUUUAUUCGAUGUGAAGAGACAAUUUAAAAAAGCACCUUUCUCUAAUAAUUCUGGCUCUCCUUAUUUCCUGCAUUUCUUCAGAAGGCACAGCUUGAAUGGAACUACCUCCUGGAGUCCCCAGGUUCUGGCUCUUAGACAUAGUUUAGGUAAAAAUCCCAGAGUAGGUUUGAGAGGAAGACUGGACCUGUGCAGAAUCCAUGAUGGAGCAGCACUUUCUAGCACCAGGAGGUAGAGUUUCCCUGGGAUAUUCAAAACACAGACUGGGGCCCAGUUCAGGGAAGGUACAGCUAGAAGUAAUAUUUGGAGCUAAUCCCAGAGCUAGGUCCUCUCUAGAGCACAACUGCUAGAUGGAGGAUGUAUCUUCUCUUUGGGAGCCAAAUACUAAGAGUAAAAGCAAAUAUUUGAUGCUGAAGAGCUCUUAAGAGCUGAAGAGUGCCAUUUACUUAUUUCUACACGUCAGUGUGGGCUUAGGAUGUUAAAUAGAUUAAAAGGCUAAGAGAGGUCAGUCACUCCAGGAAAGACUCUUCUUUUGCUUCUCCUGAUUUGGUUCUCUUUCCAAAAUUGUUAUCCUGUGGAGGGUCCUUUGGAAAAUGAAAAGAUGUCACAUCCUCUUCUAGAACAUUCUGGACAAUGUGGAGUCUGAGUCCCAGGGAUGAGAGGUCUAGUAGGGGUGGGAAGAGGGAGACCAAAGGCUGUUGGUUAAUACAGUGAAGAUGGUUUUAGAAAAUUUCCAGAGAUACAUAAUCAUAAAACUGGGAGGAUCCUUGGAGGUUACCAAAUCUAUUCUGUUUCAGAUGAAAAAAAGAGCCUCACAGUCAGGAGGUGAGUAAAGCUAGUUAGGGACCAAGCUGGGAUGCUAACCAACUUCCAGGCUGGGGCUCUCUCUACCUGACAUAGGCUGGAAGUUCAGACUUUGGGGGUCUGUCCUAAUUAAUACCCGCCUAGGAUAGUCUUUGUCAAUGCCCUCCUUCCACCCCCUUCAGGAGACAGGCUGGCAGAGGUUGCCAGGCACCCAGCCAGAGAGAAGUCCGCAUCCACAAGGCGAGUCUGUGAUCUGCUCAGCCUCUAGGCCACAGGAACUUAGGUGCAGGACACCGUGAGCACCGCGUUUCUGGCUUCUGCCUCCCCCUUUCUACCCGGCGGCUCCCUCCUCCGCCCCAUCUCAGAGAAGACAGCCAAGUCAUUUCAAUUUAAUCUUCUUUAAAAAGACAUAACUAAUAAAUCUCUUGCCGGGACCGCGGAGAGACGGCCAGCAGAGUCGAUCUUGCUCCCAAUCCCAUUGAACCCCAUUGAAAACCAUGACAACACAGGACAAGCUCCGAUUUAUCCCAGCGCGCUAAAGCGCAUUGUGAGCAGGCGUCAAUCACGCAUUAUUUCGGACUGAACAAAUGCAAAAUCUUGACUGGAACAAAUGCUCCAACAGGUCCGGGACGUCGAGCUCCAUUUCCCCUUUGUCUGAGGCCUAGCAGUUGGCCUGCAUUGGGGUUGCCUCCGCCCCGACCACCCAGCGCGCCGCACAGCCCGGGGCGCCUCGGGCACGCUUGACGCGGAGGCUGCUGGGCAGGGUGCGCCGGACCCGGCAGCCACUGCAGAGAGUCAGGUCCGAAUUCAGCUAAGGUAGAGUCAGGAUUUCAGGUGCGGCCACUUAAGUGGCGUGGCCCCCACUGAAAUUUAACAACCAAUUACUCUAACCACUGGUUGCGGGAGGAGAGGCCUCUGAAAGCGCGACCGAAGUGUAGCCAUGGGAAGCCAUGGGCCAACAAAAUGUAUCCCUGCCUCCGAUCGGGUGGGGCUGGGGGUACUAGAAGAUGUUGGGAAACCCUGAGCAGGCCAUCUUUAAUGCUUGGCGGACACAGUCUUAAUUCCCGCAAUCGGUUCCUUAGCAGGCCAGGCCCUGCAGCUGGGGCUGAGCGGAGAACCCAAGCCACCAGAGGCGUGCUCUUGGGCAGAGGCCGCAUCUGCGGCCCUGGGCCUGAGGUUGAGGCUCUCGCCCAAGCGCACAAGUGGCCCCAGGGGUCCUGGCGAUGCCAAGGAAGCAGCAACGCUCUCGUAGGCCUGGAGUGGGAACGCUCCAGGAGCCGGCUCGUGGUGCCUGGAGCUGGCUUGGGCCCUCAACGGCCAGGGAGUAGGAAAACGAAGCUAGUGCUUCAGAGGUGAAUUGUAUGGCCUGAUUCCGUCUCCAUCUUGCUAGUCUGGGGCAACUGGCACAGAUCUGGGGCUCCCAAGGUGCUGCCAGCCCUUCCUCAGCACCCCUUAAGUUGGGGGUGUGGGAGGCCCCUAGCAGCUUUCGAAAUCCUCGGCACAGACGCCGGUGGGCCCAGGCCACUCCUCUCUGCCCUCCUGAAACUUCUCGCCUCUGACUCCUUAGAAGGGCCCAACGAAAAAGGAAAGAGUGCGCCAGAGUUUAACGCCGCCUUGUAAAUCACUUUCUGGAUAACUGCGGGAAACGAACACUCCAGCAAACAAGCUCGAGGAAUAAGACAAACAAGGAAUAAAUUCCUGGGUGCUCAUAAACCCACCCAUGCCACCCCCACCGUUCCCGGCGCUCCCGCGGGGCCAGGCCUGGUGUCAGCCCUGGAGGAGGAGGAAGCUGGGACGGGCGGGCGGUGGCCACCGCUCGCCACCCAAGAUGUUAUUCUUUGGUAACAAUCCCCAUUAUCUGCCCCCACUUUGCGCUAAUCAGACAGAAUCGCUAAUGCCGAGGACUGCUUCCUGCUGCCUCUGGGAGCCAGUGCAUGGCGUGCGCCUCCCACGCCCACUCAUAAGAACGGCUUCCCCCGCUGCCCCUCGGUUCCCAGCCUGCCCUGCCCCCGCCUCCUUCCUGUCCUCGGCCAUGGCCAACCCUGGACGCCUCAGCUUCACCGUGCGCAGGCUCCUGGAUUUACCCGAGCAGGACGCGCAGCACCUGCGGAGGGGGGAGCCGGAGCAACGCGCCCCAGGGCUCGGCUCCUGCGCCUCCUGGCUGGAAUCCGAGCGCAGCCACUACCCCUCCUCGGACGAGAGCAGCCCAGAGGCCAGCCCGCGGGACUCAUCGCAACGGCCGUCCGCUGGGCCUGCGUCUCCGAGCUCCGAUGCGGAGAAGAGGAAGAAGCGGCGGGUGCUAUUCUCCAAGGCACAGACGCUGGAGUUAGAGCGGCGCUUCCGGCAGCAGCGCUACCUGUCAGCGCCCGAGCGGGAGCAGCUGGCGCGCCUGCUGCGCCUCACGCCCACGCAGGUCAAAAUCUGGUUCCAGAACCAUCGCUACAAGCUGAAGCGCGCGCGCGCGCCGGGGGCUGCGGAGUCGCCCGACCUGGCAGCGGCGUCCGAGGUGCGCGCCGCGCCGGGCCUGCUGCGCCGCGUGGUGGUGCCCGUGCUGGUGCGCGACGGGCAGCCGUGCGGCGGCGGCGGCGGCGGCGGCAGCGAAGUGGGUUCGGCCGCCGCCCGGAACAAGAACGGCGUGGCCCCGGCCGCCGCCUGCCCUCUGCCGGGUUACGCAGCCUUCGGGCCCGGCUCAGCGUUCGGCCUCUUCCCUGCCUACCAGCACUUAGCGACCCCCGCGCUGGUCUCCUGGAACUGGUGAGGCAGCUGCUGGGUGCGGGCAUCUGGGGUUACCCGGACAUUGGGAUGCGCUCUGCGGCCAGAGCCCGGCCUGAGCCAGAGACCUGGAGGGCGCCCCGGGCCCCACCUCUUUCAGCGCCAGGGACCCCUACCCCACCCU